AUGGCAUCUCAAGACUAUCAAGGCUCCGUUGGAGUUCUUUUUGAAUGUGUGAAGGAGUUUUCGGCCCGGUUAGGGGACGAGGUCACGUUGAAGCCUGGUGACAAGGUUGAGCUGAUAAGCGAUGACAGCGAAUACGGUGACGGCUGGUAUAUGGGAAAAAAUCUGACCACCGGCGAAGUUGGCUUGUAUCCCAAGGCGUUCACCAAAAAAGUUUCCGAUGAUUCCACCACAAGGCCAGGGCUUUUGAGGUCGCGGUCUCGCAGAACUGUCAACGGCAGUCCUGUGACUCCGACCCAGCAGUUCAACGAGCUGUCGAUGGUGGAAGAGUCUCCCAACACGACAGCGAAUACAUUCAAUACUUUUGACUCCAACGAUAGGUCGAAAUACUCGUCUGUCCAUCAUACUCUGAACGAUAUCGACAAGGCGAUCCAAGAGCUGGGCUCCUACGACUCCACGAAUGGCUCUAUCGAGGCCGAAAACGAAGAGCUUGGUUCUCAGCUCAACCCUGCUGAUGUGAGCUCCUGGUCGCCCGAGCAAGUAACUCAAUAUUUCUCGUUUUUGAACUUUGAGGUGGAAAGUGCUGGUCAGUUUGCGCGUCACAAGAUCAGCGGUGCCAUUCUGAUCGAGCUGGAAUUGUCCAAUUUGAAGGAACUCGAUAUUGCCUCUUUUGGGACCAGAUUCGAGAUUUACAAGGAAAUUGAGGAGCUCAGAGCUGCCUCCAAACAUAAGGGUUCAGGAAGACGUCAAAAACUGCAGGCUGCGCCCUCGGUUCGCCGCCAGGCACCGAACUCUACUAUUCCAACGCGCCCACUUGGACACGCAAGAAAGAGAUCUCAGAGCAUGGAUGAUAUUCCUCAAUUUCCUGCGAAUGAAAGACCUGCCGCUACGGAACCCCGGCCCUCGCGGUCUACACAACGGCCUCUUUCGAUUGCAAACGGCUUUGCUUCUCCAAUCGCCUCUGGAUCUGUCGGAGAGUUUGAGUCUCCAAGAAGGGCUCCAAAGCCACCUGUAGACAGAAACCAGGCCUACCGUUUUGGUACAAGAGAUACCAGCGAAUACCCAACAGACUUUCAAGAUCACAGCAGGCAAUCUUCCAAAGCGGCGUCUUCAAUCUACCCAGACCACCAGCGCACAGGCUCGGCUCUUUCGUUCUCUAAAUCGAGGACUGGUUCUCCAGCCAGGCAUGAAAGGCGCACAUCAGACAUGAGCACAAGGGAUCUGCGGGGCGGCAAAGAACACAAACGCUAUUCAUCUAUUCUGUCAUUCACUUCUGCCAGGGAAUCUCCCUCGCGUCCACAAUCUGCCAUCAAUGGUGGUGCUUUGAAAACUCCAAACGUGAUAGAUCUAGACCAAUUCGGUGAAUUGCCGGACCUGAAAUCGCCAAAGAGGAGAUCCGUCAGUGCUAAAGAGGCUGAAGUAAGCAGUCCCGUGAGAGAUCCAAAGAGAACUGUUUCAGAAGCUAUCAAGAGGCCCAUGACUCGUACCGAUAGUGGUGCCGCUUCUCCAAAUGUGAUGGGCCUUGGAUUUCGUCGCAAGGCUCAAACCUCGGCUUUCCAGGAAGGUAUUCGUGACGUAACUGCAGACGACUCGGUGAAAACGGCUGACUAUUCCGGAUGGAUGAGCAAGAAAGGAAACGUGACUAUCGGCUCUUGGAAUAAAAGGUAUUUCACUCUUCAUGGUACGAGACUGUCCUACUUCGCAACGAUGAAGGACAAGCGUGAAAAGGGGCUCAUCGAUAUCACAUCCCACAAGGUAUUGCCUGCUAAAGAGAGCGACGACAAGUUCACUGCUCUUUACGCAGCUAGUACUGGUUCUGGGAGGUAUUGUUUCAAGCUCGUACCUCCUGCUCCAGGUUCUAGAAAGGGGCUGACUUUUACUCAGCAGAAGGUCCAUUACUUUGCCGUGGAUACCAAAGAGGAAAUGAGAGGUUGGAUGGCAGCUUUAAUGAAGGCCACUAUUGAUAUGGAUGAGUCUGUGGCUGUUGUUUCUUCUUGUGACACCCCCACCGUUUCUCUGCAAAAGGCGCAAGAGAUGCUGGCCCAAGCUAGAGAUUACGCUCGCAAGAAGGACCUUGAGGACGAGCAUUCGGAGCCAACAAGUGCCGUGAGCACCGCUGAAACUACGCUUAUUACUGAUGGUCCAGAGAUGUCAGAACCAGGAACAUCGCCAAUGCAAAGUCCUACUGCCAAGAAUAUGACCACCCCGACGCUGCUGUCUACUAAUGCGAUGUCGACUCCGAAAUCGCAAACCUCAAGGCACUCGAGUUUGGCUCCGCCCAAAAUUGAAACCUCCGGAUCCCAUUCCGGCUUCUCUUCUCCAUAUUUGCUUGCUUCGGGUCUCCUGGGAUCUCCAAAGCCAGACACGGAUGAUGGGUCUAAUCAUGUUUCUAGCCCAGAUUUGGGAUACAGACCGUCGCUACAGAGACAGAGAACUGCCUCUACAAACCCCACGCCCAUGGUAACGAAUCUUGAGAAAGAGAUGAAUCCGGCGAUUAUCAGCAACGGAAGCAAGAGGGUGUCUUCUUUCCGCAAGAGGUGA